AUGUACAUAAUUUAUUUAUUGAUAAAUUUAAAAUCGAACGAUACCGAAUACCAAAUAAAUAAAACUUACAAACGGUCUCGUAAAAAAGAAACGAAAUCGCCCGAAGAAGUUAAUAUGAAGUUAAAAUCGAACAACGCCGUCAUUAAAUCACAUCAAUCAAUAUUGAAAUUCGUCAAAAAGAAAAAAACGAAAAAGGAAAAAAUAAAAGAAAAUUUAUCUAAAUCACGGAGGGAUGCUGAUAAGGACAUUGACGAAACUGCUACUACAACAGGUACGACAACAGGUACGACAACAGGUACGAUAAAAGACUCGGAUUUUGUCGGUGGUAAAACAAAAAAUAAGAAAAAAUGGUUCGUUAAAAUUUAG